AUUUCACUUUAGCCAAAGGAGAGGGUAUACCCUGUUUUCUUAAAAGCUGUAACCAAUCAACUUCCUCUUUCUCCCCUGUUUUCUUCAUCCUAACUUUCUCUCUAUAUAAUAUAAAUUCAAUCAAUAAUACUUUCUUAGGUGUUUUCUUUUCAUAUUAGUUUCAUUGUGGAAUUUGGGUGAUAGCCAUUAUUAUUCAUACAAUGGGCUUUGAGCAUUAUUUGAUAUGCAUUUCCCAUAAACAUUACAACAAACAACUCCAAUUACAGACUGUGGAGCUCAAGGUUGCCAUGGAUUGUGAUGGCUGUGAACUUAAAGUCAAGAAAGCCCUUUCUUCUUUACCAGGGGUGAAAUCUGUGAAGAUAAACAGAAAGCAACUGAAGGUAACAGUUAUUGGAUAUGUAGAAGCAAACAAAGUAUUGAAGAAGGCAAAAUCCACAGGAAAAAAGGCAGAGAUUUGGCCAUAUGUGCCCUAUAAUUUAGUGGCACAUCCCUACAUUGCUCCAAUUUAUGACAAAAAAGCCCCUCCUGGCUAUGUGAGAAAUAACAAUAUAGAGGACAAUAAUGGAAGUUUCCUCAAGUUUGAUGACCCUUCAAACUUUGUCACCAUGUUUAGUGAUGAUAACCCUAAUGCUUGCUCCAUUAUGUAGCAAAUAUAAAAACAUAUCUUAUUUUAAUUUUACA